UUCAGAAUUAAAAGCAGAGAAUACAAACCGAGGCGACCGAAGGCCAUGCCAGGGCCAGAUGGAUACAGAGAACUAUAUCCAUGCCAAAACUUUCCUGCGUCUAAAACUUACUGUCCCCCUAAACCUCCGCUUAAGGGUGAGAAAUGGCACAGAGCGACAGACUUUAUUUUGAGGAGAGAUGUCCAAGAGAAGGACCACCAACGCCAGGCCACCCAGCACUCCACAGCGGCACAAAACCCACGCCAAGUAAUUGCCACUCAUGGUCUGGUCGCUCCCCCAAAGAUAAAACCAAUCCCAAAACCUCAUCUUCUGAAGACGCAAAUUCAUGUUAAGCAAUCACAGCCUGUCCAUAAUAUCAUUAUGAAUUAUGUUGCACCUACAUCAGACCAAGCUUGUUCAGAUGGAAAGAAUAAUGACACUCAUUUGGAAAACUGGCACAGUCGUCCAAAAACUACCUCACAUAAAUCAAAACGAGUCCCUCCGAGCAUACCUGUACCUGCCAGACCUCUUCCCAAAGAGCCAGAGCAAAUGAUCUCCAUGAUGGCACCAAAGAAUGAUAUUGAUGAGGGAGUUUAUAUGGAUGUAGACACAACACCAGUCCAGUCUGAAUGCUCCAGUUCACCAAUGCUGCCCCACAGACAAGCUUCUGAGGUUUGUCCCAAUGGCAAACCCCUUCCACAUCCAUCUCUGUCAAAACCAAUUCCUGCUUUCAGGGUCCACAAUAAAACCAAAAUUGAGCACAAUGAAGUUGGAUUGCUCAGCGACCUUGUCAGGGAAAGUUUGGUUUCUGAGCUACACAAAAGAUUCUCAGGAGCAAUUAAAGAGAGAGAUUGUAGCACCAAAAAGCCCAAAGUAUUUAAGGCUAAAGGAGAUCACGCUCCCAAAAUGUUUAGUAACUCUCAGUUAGAAAUGUGUUCAUUGUGCUUUCACACCAAAAGACUGACCGAUGGAGAACGACUACAUGAAAAUGUAUCCAUCUCAGGUGUUUCCAAUGGAGAGAGUCCAGAGGACGUUCCUUCUGUGAUAAAAUACCAAGAAACAGAUGGGGAGAAUCUCUCUAAGAACGUACUUGAAACUUCUCAAAGGACUCCAACAAUGCUGCCUCUUCCUGGUUUGGUGGACAAACUGAUCAAAAGCCCUUCUAAGAGUAGCUGCAACUGCAUGUGUGCUGAUACUAAGACAAAGUUAAUGGAGAACUUGUGGCAAGCCCGAAACAUUGUAAGAGACAGUGGAAUACUACACCGGCUCAGUAAGGAACAGCUAAAGCUUCAAGAGCAUCUGUAUGAGGUUGUUACAACUGAGCAGUCCUAUCUUCAGAGCUUGACGGUGGCUGUGGAGCAUUUUCAAGAAUCUUCAGUGCUGAAAGACACUUUGGCACCAAGAGACAGAAAGUCAUUGUUUUCUAGCAUUGCAAAGAUCAAAGAGAUCAGUCAAAGGACCAUGUGGCAUGGAAAACUGGAUUAA